AUGUCUUGGUUCUCCAUACUGCCGCCGAGCGUCUCCUUCAUAGAGACAUGGGCGAUUCGCAUCUUCCUUGUGCUUGGGAUCAUGGUAAUCGGCCCAUGGUUCCUUUUGAUAGUCUACGACAUGGUCCUCUACAUCUUUCGGACUGCAACCUACGAGAUACCCUACGUUGGAGGACGUGCAAGGCAUAGACCCCGUCCUAGAGCACCGAGUCUAAGAGUGCCCACAGCGAUAGAGUCAGCAGAAGAGAUAAGGGACGGCUUGAAGCAACGGCUGGAAAGAACAGGGCACGCCGGAGGCGGAGGGGACAUUAAUAUCGUAUCGGAGGAUUGA